AGUUCAUCUGGCAGCCCUCGUAUAUACAAUCAUAACAAAUUAUUAUUUAAUAGUGUUCAUUGAAAGAAUUAAAUUAUUUGCAAAUUAUCAAUUAAAAUUGUAUUUCAUUACAAUGAGCUUUAGACAAAGUUAUAAAUUAGUCACAAAACAAGCCAUACGAUGGUUCCCUGGACAUAUGGGUAAAGGCUUAAAGCAAAUGCAACAGAAAUUAAAGUCGGUGGAUUGCAUUUUGGAAGUACAUGAUGCACGUAUACCGUUUUCCGGUCGAAAUCCGGAAUUCCAGCAAACAAUAGCGGGCGGAGUAAAACCUCACAUACUAGUUCUAAAUAAGAAAGAUUUAAUAUCAUCCAGAGAUCAAAAGUAUAUAACCAGGGCUCUACAGCAACAAGAGCGUUUGGAACAUAUUGUAUUCACAAACUGCAAAGAUCAACAAUGUACUGGAAUGCGAAAAUUAAUGCCUUUAGCUAAUGAACUGAUCUCGAAUUCCGGACGAUAUAACAGAGAAGGUGAGAAAGAUUAUUGUGUGAUGAUCAUUGGCGUACCGAAUGUGGGCAAAAGUUCUCUACUAAAUGUUCUUCGAAAUCGUCACCUAAAGAAAAAAGGAGUAGCCCAAGUAGGUGGUAUAGCAGGUGUCACUCGCUCAGUAAUGGAAAAAAUCAAAAUAAGUGAAGACCCUUUAAUGUACAUGAUAGAUACGCCUGGAAUUUUGGAACCCCGCAUUAGCAGUGACGAAAUGGGUAUGAAAUUGGCAUUAGUUGGAUGUCUGCCGGAUCAUUUGGUUGGAGAGGAUCUAAUAGCGGAUUAUCUACUAUUUUGGCUGAAUCGUCAUGAACGCUUUGAGUAUGUUUCACUGAUGGGUUUAGAAAAUCCUACAGACAACAUAUCUGAAGUUCUAGUAGCAUGGGCAAAUAAAAUGGGUAUACAAAGGAAAGUUAAAAGAAGUGAUGGACAAAUAUUAGUUAUGCCCGAUAUCUUGAACUCUGCCAGACAUUUUAUUAAGCUUUUUAGGACAAAAGCAUUAGGUGCCUGCAAUUUAGAUAAAGAAAUAUAGUAAAUCAAAAAAUA